AACAACAUGGACUUCCGGCCAGCUCACACAUCGAGCUUCCCUCCAGCGCGUCAGAUUUGACAGCAGAAGCUACGCAGCCAAGUUUAUAUGAAGUUUCAAGUUUCGGCACAGCCAGUAAACACCUACAACUCAAUCUGUAGUGUGAAUUUGAAAGAUUUCGGUCAAUAUGGUUUUGCUGACAAUGAUCGCUCGGGUAGCAGAUGGACUGCCGCUUGCUGCAUCGAUGCAAGAAGACGAGCAGUCAGGAAGAGACUUGCAACACUACCAGAGCCAGGCUAAGCAGCUCUGCCGCAAGCUCAAUGCCCAGAGCCCCAACAGAUGUACCCUGGAGGCUGGGGUCAUGUCUUUCCACUAUGUAUUAGAACAUGGUGUAUGCUACUUGGCCUUGUGCGAAGCUGUGUUUCCCAAGAAGCUGGUCUUUGGGUACCUGGAAGACCUCCAGACAGAAUUCCAUGAGCAGUAUGGAAAGAAAGUCCCCACAGUCUCCAGGCCGUACUCUUUCAUUGAGUUUGACACGUACAUCCAGAAAACAAAAAGAACCUACAUUGACAGCAGGGCACGGAGGAACCUGGGCAGCAUCAACACAGAACUGCAGGAUGUCCAGCGGAUCAUGGUGGCAAACAUUGAAGAGGUCCUGCAACGAGGAGAGGCCCUAUCGGCUCUCGACACCAAAGCCAGCAAUCUGUCCAGCCUUUCAAAGAAGUACCGCAGCGAUGCCAAGUACCUCAACACCCGAUCCACCUAUGCUAAGAUAGCAGCCGGGGCAGUCUUCUUCAUUACACUUAUCGUCUAUGUGCGUUUCUGGUGGAUCUGAUGCGUAAGGACUGUGAAAGAGGAGAUAGUCUGGGUUCCCUUUGUAACCAAAUAUUAAAACUGUCAAUUGUAAUAUAUUAAGCUUUGCUGUUAACAGAAACCAUUAAGUUCCUACAUGGGUGCCUUAGGGGGAGGCUGGGACCUUGUACAUGGGUGCCUUAGGGGGAGGCUGGGACCUUGUACAUGGGUGCCUUAGGGGGAGGCUGGGACCUUGUACAUGGGUGCCUUAGGGGGAGGCUGGGACCUUGUACAUGGGUGCCUUAGGGGGAGGCUGGGACCUUGUACAUGGGUGCCUUAGGGGGAGGCUGGGACCUUGUACAUGGGUGCCUUAGGGGGAGGCUGGGACCUUGUACAUGGGUGCCUUAGGGGGAGGCUGGGACCUUGUACAUGGGUGCCUUAGGGGGAGGCUGGGACCUGUUCUGUGUAGUGGAUGGACUCAUGUCUGUUUCAGUUGUGUCAUGUCACAUACCUGUAUGGACACAUACUGACCUGUGGUUGCUAAUGUGAGCGAGGUGUAGCUUUCUGUGCAUUCAUAGUGUUUGUAUAAUCCCAUUCACUGGAUUAUAAAAGGGAUUGAAAAUGCGUUAUCAAUGUUUACAUUACGAGGUGGGGGUUCUGUACCAUGUCUUUGAAGGAAAAUUCUAUAUGCAAAUGGUCUUAAGUGUGAAACAACUUGUUACCGUGAGUUUAUUGUUUACAAAACAUACAUAAUUGUAAGUAAUUAUUUGUUGAAAGGUAUAUUUACUAUCUUCUCAAUGUUUAUCAGAUUAAAAAAAUAAAAAUUUGGAACACUA